UAUAGCAUCAUGCCUGAACCCGCCAAGUCAGCGCCCAAAAAGGGCUCCAAGAAAGCCGUGACCAAGGCCACCGGCAAAGGAGGGAAGAAGCGCAGAAAGACCAGGAAGGAGAGCUACGCCAUCUAUGUGUACAAGGUCCUGAAGCAGGUCCAUCCCGACACCGGCAUCUCCUCCAAGGCCAUGGGGAUCAUGAACUCUUUCGUUAACGACAUCUUUGAGCGCAUCGCUGGUGAGGCUUCUCGUCUGGCGCAUUACAACAAGCGCUCCACCAUCACCUCGAGGGAGAUCCAGACCGCCGUCCGCCUGCUGCUCCCCGGGGAGCUGGCCAAGCACGCCGUGUCCGAGGGCACCAAGGCCGUCACCAAGUACACCAGCUCCAAGUAAACUGCCAACUGACUCCAAACAAACGGCUCUUUUAAGAGCCACACACAACCUCAUCAUAGCUAUUCUGUUAUCAGCGUUACUGUAACAUGACGUCCAGCACUGGAGCAACUUAAUUCUCCCAUGCAAAUAGGUUUGGCUGAACUUUGAUCUGUUAACUUCACGAAUGUAAGCAAAAUGGUUCCAAAUUGAGUAGUCAACUGGUGAUCCAACAUGCAGCCUCCACAUUCUUUGCCCUCAUGCAUACAUCAGAGAAAGACGUUUUAGGAGUCUGAUGGUUUAUAUACUCAGUGUUUGUGUAUGUAUUUAAUUUUUUGAUAAUUUAUAGGCAAAUCUAUGAACAAGUUUACAAGUGU